AUGACAACACACAUCGCAACUGAUGACAACAUCUUUGCGGGAAGCGACAGCGACAGUGAUCAUGAGGGCGGUUACAAACCUCGCCCUCAAUUACCGCAGCCGAACGUCAAUAUGCGAAGUUUGGCGAAUCUGAUCAAGGAACUCGACAGCGGCGUCAUUGACGUUGAUCCAGAAUAUCAACGUGAAGUUGUCUGGACAGCCGAGCGUAUGACAGGUCUGAUCAAUUCUUUGAUGGAGAACUAUUACAUCCCGCCCAUCAUUCUGAAUAAGAAGCGGAGUGCUGGCACGGAUGGUAGUACACCACGCGAUACUCUUGUUUGUGUGGAUGGCAAGCAGCGUCUGUCUUCUAUUAGGGCAUUCGUAAAGGGUAUGAUUCCUUGCCAUGAUCAUAAAGGCGAGAGAUGGUGGUUUUGCAAGACUCCUGGCACCAAACACAAGAGAGUGCUCUCUUUGGAAGCGCAAAAGAUGUUCUUGGACAAAGAUUUUGUCGCCUUCCAAUUCACAGAUCUUACUCAGGAACAAGAAGAAGAUCUUUUUGCUAGAGUGCAGAUGGGUGUUCAACUUACAGUGGCCGAGAAGAUGCGCGCGAAGCAGGGCCCAUGGCAAGAGUUGGCGAAACUUUUCGUCGAUGAUUUUCCGGCUAUCUACGCCUUGAUGAAGGAUCGAGCCCGAGCAAAAGACUUUCAAAUCACCUUGUCCUGCUUUAGCCAAAUCAUCGAAGUCAAGCAUCCCACUGCUGCAAAUGGUCUACCAGUUCUAAAGACGAACUACAACGCACUACCCAAACUAUUGAGCAACACUGGUGCUGUAGAUGAUGCUAUCAAAUCACAUCUUGCGAGCGUCUGGACUACUCUAAGAGAACUUAUAGAGCGAGAUUCAGACACUUUUACAAAUGCUGACAAGCAUCUGAGUGGUGUGCAAACGUUCGCGCCCAUCGAGAUGGUAGCAGCAACCGUUCUUAUCUCGAUGUACUCGGAAACACGUACCAACGAACUACUGCUUGGAGAUAUCAGAACUCUUCGAAAGGCGCUUCGUGAGAAGUUCAAGGAUCUUCGCUUGAAUACGACGGUUUGGAAAUUUGUCUGGGACUUCGUCGAAAACCUGGAGGCCAUCCGAGGCGCGGUAGAUGGCACUACGGUGGAUCGAAACCAGCAGGAUCAGGCCUCAAAGUUGAUGUCUUCUGGCGCCGCGAAAGCAACAGCAACCGUGUCUUCGCCACCUUACCUUGCAAGAAAAAGAGCAACUGCGAAAAAACAAGUCUCCACCUUGCCACCGCGGAGUCCAGUGAAAGUGAAGGAGGAGUCACAAUCACACAUCGCUACGUCAAAACGAAAGCGAACUGGUCCUGCACCUGCUUCCCUGGCUCCAGCCUCAUACUUGUCGAAUGUAGCUCCCCAAGCAUACCACCAACACCACAUACCUCCAACGCAAUUGCAAGAUCCACAGAAGUCCAACGUGCACACACCUUUCACAACAGAGCCUGAGGACCUGCAGGUCCUAAAGACUGGCAUCUCAGGAUCUGGCGACUAUCGUACACCAAUAGCUCCUAUGCAGCAGUCAACACAACUCUGUUCAAUACCCAAUCAUAUUGCUGAGAUGGCCCAAGGCUCACACAACGCUUUCGCGAUAUCACAACCUCCAAAUGUGAUAUCAUAUCAUCCUACAAGUCGCGGUGCGUUUGCGCCAACUCACACAGACAAGCAGUGGGAGGGCGUCAUCGCAUCCCCAGCUAAGGCUCCAGUCGCGCCAAUUUCAAAUCAGCCGAAGCGAAAAAGCGUUACACGCCCUACUCCUGCCCAGUACAAAGAGGACAUCGAUCUGACAAUUGACAACGAGCUCGAAGGUGAACGACAGAAUCUUCUAUCCUCUUUCAAGGCCAAACCUAUUUCUGCAAAGCAACCUUCUGCUCCAGCCAUGCCCGCAGCAAAAGCAUCCACUGCUCCGACGCGUCGUGAUUACGUGGUAGUGCAUGAUAUUGAUUCCGACGAAGAACUGGCAACUGCAAAUAACCCUUAUGAGAAAUUCCAGAGUAAUCCUAGAGCAGGACUUUCUAGCUCGAGGGGAGGAUAA